CGACAGAAAGAUAAUCAAAUGCCAGCGUCCUCACUCAUCUUUUGCGUACAGCCCUCCUCUCAUUGGCUUCCCUCAGUUUCCCCUCAUCCGAUAAGGUCCUCUCGAGAUCUCCCGCGGCUUCUUCGCAUCCAAGACAUUCGGUUAGUAUUGGGAUAAUCUAUGGCCUCGAGUAUCGUUAAUGUGCCUUGCAAUGUUCAAGCAAUUAAGGGUUUGGAUUGCCAGAACUAUAUUGGACUUAGACCAUCAAGGAAUUUGAAGUUCAAUUGUGUUAGGACUGGAACAACAGCUCGCCGGCCUCGUCUUUUCGUUGUAAGAGCGAGUGAGAAGAAUGAUGGACCAGUUAAGAAGAUGGGAUUGAGUGAUGAGGAAUGUGAGGCUGCUGUUGUGGCUGGGAACGUGCCGAAAGCCCCUCCUGUGCCCCGCAAGCCGGCAGCACCAGUUGGAACUCCUGUGGUCCCUUCACUUCCACUGAAUCGACGUCCUCGUCGUAACCGCAAGUCACCUGUACUGCGGGCAGCGUUCCAGGAGACACAAUUAUCACCUGCAAAUUUUGUCUAUCCACUUUUUAUUCAUGAAGGUGAGGAGGACACACCUAUUGGCGCUAUGCCUGGAUGUUAUAGGCUUGGGUGGAGACAUGGACUUGUGGAAGAGGUUGGAAAGGCUCGGGAUGUCGGUGUCAAUAGUGUUGUGCUCUUCCCCAAAGUUCCAGAUGCUCUGAAGUCUUCGGCGGGAGAUGAAGCAUACAACGACAAUGGUUUAGUGCCUCGAGCAAUACGGUUGCUCAAAGACAAAUACCCUGAUCUCGUGAUCUACACUGAUGUUGCUUUAGAUCCUUACUCCUCUGAUGGCCAUGACGGUAUUGUCCGAGAAGAUGGUGUUAUAAUGAACGAUGAGACUGUACACCAAUUGUGUAAGCAGGCUGUUUCCCAGGCCCGAGCUGGAGCCGAUGUGGUCAGUCCAAGUGACAUGAUGGAUGGACGCAUAGGAGCCAUUCGAGAAGCUUUGGAUGCUGAAGGCUUUCAGCAUGUCUCGAUAAUGUCUUAUACAGCGAAAUAUGCAAGUUCUUUUUAUGGUCCAUUUAGGGAAGCACUCGACUCAAAUCCGCGCUUUGGAGACAAAAAAACUUAUCAGAUGAAUCCGGCCAAUUAUAGAGAGGCUCUGGUUGAGACCCAUGAAGACGAGUCAGAAGGCGCUGAUAUCCUCUUGGUGAAGCCAGGGCUGCCUUAUUUGGAUAUUAUAAGACUUCUCCGAGAUAACUCUUCUUUGCCAAUUGCUGCAUAUCAGGUUUCGGGUGAGUACUCAAUGAUCAAGGCCGGUGGGGUUUUGAAGAUGAUUGACGAAGAAAAGGUUAUGAUGGAGUCACUAAUGUGUCUCCGACGGGCUGGUGCUGACAUCAUCCUUACAUAUUUUGCUCUACAAGCUGCUAAAUGUUUAUGUGGUGAAAAGAGGUGAGACUUUUUAUAAUAAAAUAGCGCACUGUUUUAUGUGAAAAACCUUAAAAAAACUUGAAUUUUUCAUGACAUGAGAAUUGAACUGAAAUUGGAAAUGAACAUGUGCCGUCUGUCGUUUCUAUACAGCUGAAGUAAUGUAGGUGCUUGAGUGCAGAGUGUACUCUUGUUUAGUCCACAUGACAAUACAAUAAAGAUGUAAUCUAGAGUAAAACAUCCAGCUUUCUGA